AUGUAUGCCAGACUGUCAACGUGGUUUGCGACCAUCGCCAUUCUCGCGCAGAUUGCAAAUAGCCAAACAGUCAUAAUCACCAAUGGCACCAUUCACGGAGUAAACGACCCGGUAAAAAACGUACAGCGCUUUCUUGGUAUUCCAUACGCCCAGCCUCCAGUCAGAAAUCUCCGGUUACAGCAAUCAAUUCCUCUCGACUCUUCGUUUGGCACCUUGAACGCGACUGCUUUUGGUCCGGCUUGCUACGGAAAAAAUAAUCCUAACCCUAGCGAAGAUUGCCUCACGUUGAAUAUUUGGAGACCAUCAAAUGUUGCCAAUGCGGCUAAAGACACUUUACUCCCUGUUUUAGUAUGGUUCUAUGGCGGUGGAUUGUCUGCAGGGUACACUUCGGACCCGCGGUUCGAAGGCACGAAUCUCAUUCGAACAUCGACCGAGAUCGACAAGCCUAUUCUUCUCGUUUCAGUGAACUACCGUCUCGGACCUCUUGGAUUUCUCAACGGGAGGCAAAUGUCAGACUUGGGACUACUCAACUUGGGUAUGUUGGAUCAGCGUCUGGCUCUGCACUGGAUUCAGGAAAAUAUCAAGGCCUUUGGAGGUGACCCGAAGAAAGUGACCCUUGCAGGAGAAUCAGCCGGCGCUGUAUCAAUAUACUCUCACAUGAUGGCCUACGGCGGCCGCGAUGACGACCUCUUUCGAGGCGUCAUUAUGGAAAGUGGAGGAGCUUUCCCAUUGACAGGACCAGACACAUCUGCUUUCCAAGCGACGUUUGACUCUCUUAUUCGCAACACAACCUGCAGCUCUGUAGCCAAUGCAUCCGCCGCUGCACAAUUGGAUUGUAUUAGAGGCCUCCCGAUUUCCGUGUUUAUGAGCAGUGUUGGGUCUAGCACCGGACAGUCGAUUGAUGGGUCGUUCACGCAGACGUCCAUACAGUUUGCCUUGUCUGCAGGCAAAUAUGUCAAGGUUGCGACUAUUGUUGGAUCGAAUACCGAUGAGGGCACGACAUCUGCACCAACGGCUAUCAAUACAACCGAGCAAUUAUGGGGGCCUGUGUCGCAAGGGUAUUUCCGCCCGAAAACUCUCCCCAACUCAACCGUCGAAACACUCUUAAAGCUCUAUCCCACCGAUCCUAGACUGGGCUGUCCGUACAACACCGGCAACGUAAAGCUCACUUCCGGGUCUCUAGACAAGCAAGCAUGCUCAAUCUUUGGCGAUAUCGUGCAGGUAGGACCAGCACGGAUGAUUACACAGGAAAUCGCUAAGCACAAUGGCAAUGUUCCCGUCUAUCGGUAUCGGUUUGACCAGCUGCCUCACAACACAAGUAGCUUGGCCAAGGGAAUCACAACUGGGUUGGAACAGAAUUACGUGUUUUCAAAUCUUGUGGCCGAUUUUCCCUGGGAUCAGGCGCUGGCAAGAGAAAUGACGAGUGCCUGGGUGUCUUUUGCGUAUAGUCUCGAUCCUAAUCCCGGACAAGAUUCAACGCUGCCGUACUGGCCAGAGUAUAUGCAUGGAGCACAAAGUAUUGUGUUCAAUGCGUUUGGCUCGACUAUUGAGACGGACGAUUAUAGAAAGGAAGGGAUUAAUUACAUUAUCAAAAAUGUCUUGCCGUAUGGUGCGCAGUAG